AGGGAAAAAUAAAAUGACCAACAUAUAAAUUCAUAAAAACUAAUUUAUUUUUUUCAUAAAAACUACCAAAGCCCUAACUUUCUAAAUUUCCUCCCAAUUUGAAGUUGGCAAUUCUCAAUCUCAGAGACUCCGAAUCUCUAAUUGAAGCAGAAUCACAACAGAUCUCGAUCGAAAUUCUUAUUACAGAGAUCGAAUUCCGUAGCAUCGCAAGGCAGGUUUUUACGAUCUUACAUAGUCAUUAUGAGAUUCAAGAAGGGGGACAAAGUGGAAGUGCUAAGCCAAAAGGAGGUGCCUUCAGGAGCAUGGCAGUGCGGUGUGAUCGUCUCAGGCAAUGGCCACACUUACGGUGUUAGAUAUGAUUGGUCUCCUAACGUGGAAGGUGAGGCAAUAGUGGAGAGAGUCCCAAGAAAGGCUAUUAGGCCUUGCCCUCCGCCAGUUCAAAGUGCAGAUAGUUGGGGGGUUGGCGAUGUUGUUGAGGUCUUUGAUUUCGGUUUCUGGAAGAUGGCAAAGGUAGUGAAGGUUUUUGAUGAAAACUAUUACCUGGCUAGGCUACUUGGAUCAUCCGAGGAGUUUAGAAUGCACAAAUCUAGGAUCAGGGUGCGUCAAUUGUUGAAAGAUGACAAAUGGAUUGUGAUUGGAAAGGUAAAUUUAAGAAUAAAGCUGCCAUCCAGAAAUGAAUAUUCACCUUCUCUAGAAAACAGCAGUUGUCAGGAAUCCUAUAUUGUCUCAUCUACAUCAUUAAAGAGAGCUUGUCCGUACACUGAAGCAUAUCCCCGGAAGAUGAGAGCUAUGGAGAAAGAGUGUGAGCACCAACAAGUUUUUUCUAGGUCCCCAUCUUCACUGCUCAAAAAGGUAGAUGUUGUUGCUUACCCGAGAGAAAAGCUGGGUGAAAAAUACAUGCACUCUUCCUUUCUUUAUCCUACAACUCGAUAUUUUGAAAAGGAGAACAGAAAUUUGAAUGGUGCUAGUUCAUGUUUUGAAAGAAGCUCAGAAGUUAGUGGUUGUGAUAGUGAUUCAUGCUCUAUCGAAUCUGUUGGUAGUUGUAGUGUUAAUGGUAACAAUUCAAGUAAGACAUCUGGUUAUGAUUUAGCAGGUAAUAGUGAAGAAGCAGAUACCCUUUGUAGCGAUGCAGACUCUUUUUCUAGUGGUGCAGAUCUACAAGAAAAUGUUUCCCUUCCUCUAAAACAUGAUAUUGCUGCAACAAUCCAUAGGUUAGAGUUGCAUGCUUACCGCCAAACUCUGAUGGUAAUGCAUGCUUCGGGGUCCUUAAGUUGGGAACAAGAAGAUUUAUUGACAACACUCCGUAUGUCUUUACACAUUACGAAUGAUGAACAUUUGAUGGAAGGCCAAGGUUGGAGGCUGGUUGCCUUGCUUCCAAAGGUCUAGAGAUGGUGCUGGGGUAUUCCAUUACAAUGGCACUAUCUAUUUUCCAAUUUCCUUCAUUUAUGGCAAAAUCUAUCGCCAGAAGGUGCUCGAGUUAUUUUCUCUGGUUCUUUGAUGUGGGUCUGCUGGGACUGUGGACACAUCUUGUACCUAAGCAGAAGAGAACUUUGAAAAGGUUCCAAGACAAACUUCAUGCAGUUAUCUGAUAUUUUUUUUAGUGAUAUAUCUCUUAUCUAUUACCAUUGCAUUGUUUUGCUCAGAAAAUAUAUUUAUCAAUUUUCAUGCAUCUUUAAAUUGGAAUGUCAAAUUAAGUUUUUAUAUUUUUAUUCGGUGGGGUGGUUUUGGAGUUUGAAGCUAUUUUGGAAGUUAUGGAGACAAAUCUUUAUGUUUGCAUUGAAUAUUGCGUUGUACAACUAGAGUCUUGUGUUACAUAACUAGAGCUUUUGUCUCUGUAAGGGAGUUGGGCCUUAAAAGGGUCUUAUCAAAGCAUCUUUCAAAUUUCCAAGACUCAUUGUUGAACUAUGAGGUUUAGAAGUGCAUCAUGAUUUGGGUGAAUUAUUAAAGCAAUUUUCAAGUAGAUCAUGUAUAAGGAAAGCAGGAUAGUUGAAGCAGAUGGGACUGUGGUUAUUAUACUUUGACGUUUUUAUGGAAUUAUUUUGGAAUUUUUUGAAAAAAAAGUUGUUUGCAUUUUGUUAAACUGGGGAAGGCUAACAGUUCUAUAUGAAGAAGAAUCCCUCCGUUGGCCAACAAUGGUGUUGCUAAAGGAAGUGGAGGAGAGAUUGCUAACCUUGCAGCUCUGAAAAAUGAUGAUCAAUUCAAUUCAACCAAGCCUUUGGUUCAACUGCAUGAAUAUACCUGAUUCAAGGUAACAUACAAAUUCUUUGAAUUUUAUGCUCCAAUCUCAGUUAUGUUAACAAAAUGAUGGUAUAUAGCAUUUGUUCAACCUGGGAGGGAUUGGUUUUGUACAUACACAUGCUCUGCAUCCCAUUGGAUUUUUGGCAUAUGCAUUGAACUGAAGAAGGAGGUUCAGAGAGGUUGUUAGCAACUAAUUUGUGCGGCAGUAUCAAGUAUUAAAGAAUAUUGCCCCCAAAUACAUGGGAGGAGGUGGGAUAGUUGGGACUUGGGAGGGAUACAUAUAAGUCUCUGCUGCCAUGUAAAUUCUGUGAAGCAUCUUCUAUUUUCUGAGGUGUCAUGAUUGCUAAUUUUUCUAUGACGGAUUUGAACAUGUGAGGUUAUGAGUUACAUAAUUAUUUUUUGACUGAUCUUGAAAGUGUAUUGGUCUAGAUUGCAAGCAUUGAGACUUGAAUGGAGUGAGGAUCUUUGAUGAAUUGUGUGCUGUUUGAGUACUUUUAUCUCUCUGAGUUUCAAAAAAAUGUAAUUAGUUCUAAUGUUCUAUUGUUUGAGGCUCAUUAAUCAGGCUGCUGCUGUAAAUUUUGGAACAUGAUGAUUGCCUUUAUGCAUAAAUUUAAAUUUCAGUUGCUUCAUCUCUAUGUUUUUAACCAUGACCAAUAGUGCACGAUUUCUGGUCAAAUAUUUUGUAUAUGAUUCCGGAUUUUGUUAUUCCAUCUUUUACCACAUUGGAUACUUUCUGGUCCUUUCCUGUGUGGAUGUUUUUUCAGAAACCAAUUCCUCUCACUUUCUGGCCAAAGGAAAUGCAGUGGCAGAAGUAAAGGGGGGAAAUGCCCCCUUAAAUUUCUAGUGUGACGUAUUUACUAUCUCAAUGUUAGCUAAACUCAAGCAGAGACAAGAUGUGGAAGCGAAACUGGACAACUGCGAGCAAACAAUAAUACAAACUGAGGCAAAUUCAUGCUACAUAAGAGAAUGAGGAAGGUUUCAUUUUGUUCCUUGUUUUGAAGAAGGCCGGGAUUCCAUCCGUUAAUACUGUAUUAUUGUCUCGGUGUUAACAGUAAAUAAUACAUGUUAAUUUUCAAUGAACAUGCAUGAUGUCAUCGACUGAAUUUUAUGUUUGGUACUUCAGUGUUUGUUAUUAAUAGAA